ACCGCGACCACUGGAAAGAAGCAUGUUAGCGAUGUAAACGGGAUAAACAAAGGAAAUAAUAACAAUAAGGGAAACGUUUGAUAAAGAUGAUGGAAUCGUGUUUAAAUCACAAGCCUGACCGUGUCGGCUCUAUAACGGUUGAAGACAUCAGAAAAGAUCUUUUCUCCGAGUUCUCCAAAUUAUCAAGGGACUCAGUGUCUCUAGAAAAAGAGCAUUUGCAGGUCUAUCUCCGAGUACGUCCGUUCACCUCAACAGAGAAAGCAGAAGGAGAAUCACAGGAUUGUAUCUCCAUUGAGCCUCCAGAUACCGUGAUUCUAAAGGCACCUAAAGCAUCUCUGACUGCAAGACACAGUGAGAGAUUCGGCCCACAGCUGGCACAAAGAUUUCAGUUCUCACAGGUGUACGGUCCCGGAACAACUCAGAAAGAGAUUUUUGAUGGAACAACCAAAAGUCUUGUUAAAGAAGUUUUGGAUGGAGGGAAUUCCUUGAUUUUUACAUAUGGAGUUACCAAUGCUGGGAAGACAUUUACUUUUCUUGGCCCUGAAUCAGAUGGUGGAAUUUUGCCCCGGUCAUUAAACGUGAUCUUUAACAGCAUAGAAGGCAGAAUUUAUUUGCAAAACAACAUCAAACCUCACCGCUGUGUUGACUUCACAAGACUCACUAAAGAGCAGCAAGAUGAGGAAGCUACAAAUAAGAGAAACCUUCUGCGGCGAUUUAAAGAUAACGACUCCCAGAAAACUCUGUCCAGCAUAUCUAGCUCAAGUUGUUCAUCGUUUGACAGCUCCACAUCUAGUGACAUGAAUGGAGACAGUGUCUGUUUGGAUGAGAGCUCUCAUGUUAAAUUCUCAGUGUGGGUCUCAUUUUGUGAAAUCUACAAUGAAAGCAUCCAUGAUCUGCUUGAUUUUGUUCCAAAUGGCUCUCACAGAAGGAAUGCGUUGCGGUUAGCCCAAGAUGUUAAAAGCAAUUCUUUUGUUAAAGAUCUAAAAUGGGUUCAGGUUAACAGUGCAGAUGAAGCAUUAAAAGUUGUGAAAAUUGGUAGGAAAAAUCAAAGUUUCUCAUCCACCAAACUUAACAACAUCUCAAGCAGAAGCCACAGUAUAUUUUCCAUUCGGAUGCUAAGGAUUGAAGAUGUGGGUGUUCCUCGAGUCCAGACAAUGAGCGAGUUGUCAUUAUGUGAUUUGGCUGGAUCUGAGAGAUGCGCAAGGACUCAGAAUCGAGGAGAACGCUUAAAAGAGGCUGGGAAUAUCAACACAUCCCUGUUAACUCUGGGAAAAUGCAUCAAUGCCCUGAGGCUUAACCAAACUCAGUCCAAGUUUCAUCAGCACAUCCCCUUCAGAGAGAGCAAGCUCACACAUUAUUUUCAGGGAUAUUUCUGUGGCCGUGGAAAAGCUUGCAUGAUCAUUAACAUAAACCAGUGUGCUUCAGUGUAUGAUGAAACUCUGAACGUCCUCAAGUUUUCAGCAGUGGCUCAGAAGGUAGUGGUCUUAAACCCUAAACCAGCUCCAAGCAUUGCACUCAAAAGAUCUGCCAGAGAUGUGUCCAUGAUAAUUAACAAUGCUGACAAGAAGGAUUGGACCAGGAGAAGCUCGAUUAUGGGCUGGGAGAUGAGCCUAGAGGACGUGCAGGAAGAUGAAAACGAUGAAGACAUGGAUGAGGAAGAAAUGGAGAGUGACGAUGAGAGCAUGGUUGACAGAACUGUGCUAGAGACUAUGGAAAAUCAAGAUCUGCCUGAGCUUCAGGUAAAAAUUGAUGAGCUCCAGGAGAAGCUGAUCAAGGAAGAGUCUGAAAAAUUUACUUUGGAAGCUCGUAUUCGUGAAGAAGUAACCACAGAGUUUAUGGAGCUGUUUUCUAACAUGGAAAAAGACUACAGUGAACGUCUCCAAAGAGAGAAAGAAAUUGUUGAAGAACGAGCAGAAAGGAGGCUGGAGAUCCUGAAGAAUCUGGUCAACAGGACAAUUGAGGAAAUGGCUACAGAUGAAAAUGCAGCAAAGGAAGCCAAGAUGGAGCUUUUAGACACCAUGAUCGAGGCAAUGCGAAGCGAUCUAACUAAGAUAAAGGGAGAUGCAGAGUCUGUGCAGCUGUGUCUGGCCAAUGUCCCUGAAUCACCUGGAAAAGUCAGUCAUCUGAGGACAGAAUUGGAGGAGAUAAAAGUGGAACUUCUGAAAAGUCAACAACAACUCAGUCUUAAAGCUAAAGAGUUUGAAGAAAGAUGUAUUCAGACACAGGAUUUAAAUGACCAACUUAUCCAGGCAAAUAGGAAUUAUGAAAACCAGAAAGUGAGAUGUCAGGAACUCAUGUCAAUCUGCCAGGAGAAAGAUGACAUGGUAUCUAAAUUACAAACUGCUUUGGAACAAAAUUAUGAGGCAGCUAGUAAAGAUAGGGCCCUAAUUGACAACAUCAGAGAAGAAAUCCUACAUUUCAGAAACAACUGUAAGUGUAAGCUGAACGAGGACCAUGAGGAAAUGAUAAGUCAGAAAAAUCAACAGCUUCAGCAAGAACUGAAAAUGAAAGAUGAGCAGCUGAAUCAACUUAAACUUGAGCACAGUUCACUCGAGAAAGCGAUGCGUGAUAUCUCUGAUAGAAUGGCAGAGCUAACUGAAGCACAUGAAGCUACUGUAGCAAUGGAGAGAGCAGAGGUCAACAAAGUCACAAAUGAGAACAAGGCUCUUACCAAUGAGUUGGAUGAACUUCAACAGAAAGCCAAUGUGAUGAGCUCAAAGGUCGAAAUGAUCCAGACAGAAUUGGGCACUCAGUCAAAGAAGGCCAAUGAGCUUUUAGAGGAACUCCAUGCGGCCAAAGCUCUGAUCAGGGAACAUCAAGAAGAGUCUUGCAGUCACUCCAAAACUACUGAAUCAUUAAUGAUAGAGACAGCUCAUCUGCGUCUAGAACUCAGUACAUGCCAGCUUUCAAGCGAUAGAAAGGAAGCUGAAUGUGAAAGAAUGGUCGAGUUAUCUCAGGAGAAAAGCAGACAGAUCAGUGACCUGGAGCAGGAACUCAAGCAAACCAGACAAAGCAUGUGCCAACUGGAGGAACACUGUAGUCGGCUUAAAAGUGAGCGUGAUGCCAAGGCUCAAGAGUACCAGAGCCUUCUGAACCGUUAUGAAGUGCAACAUUUAGUUGUGACUCAAAUAAGGAGCAACACUGAUCUUCUAGAGGAGCUGACUGCUCUAAAACAUCAGCACGAGAGAAUGGAGGAACAUGAUGAUUGCUGGAAAACUGUGCAGGACAACCUCAUACAAACAGUGAGCAAAUUAAACCAGCACGAGGAGGUUCUGAGCGUUGUACAAACAAUUAUAGCAAAUGAGAUUUCUAAGGCACGAGAUGAGGCAAAGAUGAGAAUAGCUGCAAUGGAGAAGGAUCUAUUUCACAAAAACAUGGAGCUAGAGACAAAAGCUCAAGAGCUAGUGAAAGUGAGAGAACUUGUGAACGAUGGCCACAAUCAAAUUGAGCGCAUGCGUUGUGAUUUGCAGCAGGUGGAGCGGGAGCGAUCUGAUGUCAGAGAUCAGUUAUGUAAGGCCAACAUGCAGAAAGAACAGUUAGAGAAACAGAUUUUAAUCUUGAGUGAAGAAAACAAAAUGUUUCAGCAGAGGCUAUGUGAGGCGGAGAAGAUGAAGGAUCAGGCGAGACCCCGUUUGAGCUGUAUAGAGCAAACUAUUGAUCCACUGCAGAUUGAGCAGUCUAACCAUGUAAUAAAAAAGGAAAAUAUACAGCUUUUCCAAAUACCCUGUCAAGAGCGCAAGUUGAUUGAAGAGACAGAGUUUAAACGGACAGAUGGGGAGGAGUUGCUGAAGCCCAGACUGACUGAGAUUGAAUUCAUAACUGAAGAUCUUGCAAAGUUGCAGGAAAAAAAUCGGAACCCAAGAGUUGGUGUGUCUGAUCAUUCUCAGCAAGAAGAUAGGAGGGCCCAGAGACCUGAGGAAAACACCAGGCAGCCGCUGGUUGAGAAGCAAGACACCAUAAAGCAAAAGGAUUCAGUUGUUUCUCCUAACUCUGAUAUCCAGGAAGCUGACAGUCUCAAACAGACCUCAAACAUGAAAACAAAGAAUGAAGGCGACUCUAUUAGUCCAACACAAGAGCAGGUAGCAGAACAGGACUCCUCUGUACUUUCCACAAAGAGUCUCAGAGAAGAGCGUUUCCCCAAACCUGAGCUAGAAAUCAGCUUCACGCCACUAAAACCUGACCGAAUGAAGGUCAGGAAACCGGGCGAAGAAGGGUCCGUCACGAUCAAACUCCGACGUACAGCCAGAAAGAGAAAGAGUACCGAGAUAGAGAACUCAGUGGACUCAGAAAACUGUAAAAACCGGCGACUGAAGGUGAACAACAGGGUUAACAUGCAAUCUGUUGAGGUGGCUAUUUUUUCCCAGAAAAAAGCGAGGCAAUUAAAGCAGAAAGACUCUCCCGCUAGCCUGAAAGGUAAAAAAGAUGGACCCUUGCAGAAGAUUGGCGACUUUAUUCAGAGCUCCCCAACCCUCUUUGGGAGCCAAAGGUCAAAGAUCAUAAGCAUGGUGAAUGUUAAAUCCCCCGAACCACUAAAUGCAUCUGAAAACAACAACAAACCUAAAGAUCCAAACGCAAGCUCUUCAAGGACUCGCGUUUCAUCUCCUAUGGACAUACCCUCUUAUACUAUCAUUGGAGGCAGUGAUGAUGAUAAAGAGAGCGAUCAUCUCAUCAUCAAGAGAAAACUCAGAACAAGAACUGCCAAGAGAUGAUACAAACAUUAUUUGAUGGCCAAGUUUAAUUUAAGUGUUUUACUUUCUCCAAAUUUUAAAUUGCUUGACAUAGUUUGUAGGAUGUUGUUAAACAGUUUAAAACCAUUUUAAUCUGGAUGUGUUUGUAAAUAUUUAAACGUGUAUCUCCUGAGUGUUUAAAAUAAUUUUUUAAAAAUUCAGCUGUUAAUUGCCUGUGGUUAUUUUUUUAAAACAGGGACUUAUUUACAUGAAUUACACUAAAUAAGUAUAAAAGCAGAUACCGUUUGGAAUGCAUUUCUUAUUCUUAAGAGAUUCAAGUGAAAAGCAUGAAACCCCACAAACAGUAUUUUUGGAGGAAAAAGAAACUAUUCAAAUGCCAUAAAAUACCAAUGUGCUCAGUGUAAAAACAAUAAUAUUACUUUUUUCGGUAACACUUUAUAAUAACUACACACUUUGAAUCUUUUAUUAAGCAUUAGCAUCUAGUGAAUUCAUUAUCUGUUAAGCAUUAUCUCUACGCUAAUAAACGUUAGUAAGCAGUUUAUUACUGCAGCUACAAAUGCUGUAUUAUUGACUUAUAAGCACAUUUGUAAUAUGUAUUAAUAAUUGUACUUUCAUAAUUUGUGACUGGUUGAUUGUUCAUUACUAAAUUAAGUAUUAUGUUAUUUACAAACCAUUUUUAUUUAAGAGUA